CCCGCGAGGAAGAUCCUGUUCUCCUUCGAUCCUUUUGGGGAGAGGACGGUGUCUCUGAGAUGCACGCUUAGUCUUUUCAAUCAAGAGAGGGUUCGUGACACCAAUCCAAACUGCGGUGUGAAGACCACUGUUGUUUGUGAUAGAUCUGAACCCACGAUAAACGUUACUCUGGUGUCAGGUCACAAGAUACUAUUUAAGACGCAGUAUCUCGAGACCGUGGAAAUACUCAAGAAAUUUAAUGAGCUGGUGAGCAGUCAAGCAGAAGCGACAGAGUCCAGCUCAACCCCAGUAAAAGGUGUCAAGACAAAGCAAGGCAAGAGAAGGACGUAGGAUAUAUAUUCAUACUUAUAGGAAACCCUUUUGUACAUAUGGUUGUGGCUUAGUUCCUGUUUGGAGUUCAUUAAGAAAUACAGUAAUACAGACUAGAAA